GGCUUUAACAUCGAAAGAGGUCAACAUCAAGGAAUCUUUUUCUUGCUAGUUACUCUCAUGUACUUAUUGGUUCAAUUUAUCUCUUGAAUUUUUCUGACUUUUCAUAUUUUAUCUACUUUAGUCUUUUACAGUUACGCUUCCCAUCCGCCCAGCUCCCACAAAUUAAUAGUUUAUUGUGGAAGGAUUUGGAUAUCUUCUGGCUAAGAGGAAGUCAUCCCAGGUUCAUGUCUCUAAAUUGGUUCAUCUGUGUGAACAUUUAUUUCCUUUGUUAUCACAGAAGGCGUAAAGACAGACAUGAAGCAAGUGGGUUUUCAAGGAGACCAGAUCCAGAUUCUGAUGAAGAUGAAGAUUAUGAACGAGAGAGGAGGAAAAGAAGUAUGGGCGGAGCUGCGAUUGCCCCACCCACUUCUCUGGUAGAGAAAGACAAGGAGUUACCCCGAGAUUUUCCUUAUGAAGAGGACUCAAGACCUCGAUCACAGUCUUCCAAAGCUGCCAUUCCUCCCCCCAUGUAUGAAGAACAAGACAGACCGAGAUCUCCAACUGGGCCUAGCAACUCCUUCCUCGCUAACAUGGGGGGCACGGUGGCGCACAAGAUCAUGCAGAAGUAUGGCUUCCGGGAGGGCCAGGGUCUGGGGAAGCAUGAGCAGGGGCUGAGCACUGCCUUGUCAGUGGAGAAGACCAGCAAGCGUGGUGGCAAGAUCAUCGUGGGAGACGCCACAGAGAAAGAUGCAUCCAAGAAGUCAGAUUCAAACCCACUGACUGAGAUACUUAAGUGUCCUACUAAAGUGGUCCUCCUAAGGAACAUGGUUGGUGCGGGAGAGGUGGAUGAAGACUUGGAAGUUGAAACCAAGGAAGAAUGUGAAAAAUAUGGCAAAGUUGGAAAAUGUGUGAUAUUUGAAAUUCCUGGUGCCCCUGAUGAUGAAGCAGUACGGAUAUUUUUAGAAUUUGAGAGAGUUGAAUCAGCAAUUAAAGGUUAGUUAGCUAAAUAUUAAAGAAUAAAAAAGUUGAUUUACAACCUUAAUCUUUACAAGUAAAGUUACUGUUUAAUUAAAGUUAAACCUUUAUCAUGUUUUAUACCUAUAUUAACAGUCUUUUGUUUGUCUUUCAGCGGUUGUUGACUUGAAUGGGAGGUAUUUUGGUGGACGGGUGGUAAAAGCAUGUUUCUACAAUUUGGACAAAUUCAGGGUCUUGGAUUUGGCAGAGCAAGUUUGAUUUUAAGAACUAGAGCACGAGUCAUCGCCAGUGAUCCUUAAAUGAACUGCAGCUGAGAAAAGAAGGAAAAAGGUCACAGCCUGCAUGGCUGUUGCAUACCAAGACUCUUGGAAGGACUUCUAAGAUAUAUGUUGAUUGAUCCCUUUUUUAUUUUGUGGUUUUUUAAUAUAGUAUAAAAAUCCUUUUAAAAAAAAAAACAAUCUGUGUGCCUCUCUGGUUGUUUCUCUUUUUUAUUACUACUCCUGAGUUGAUGACAUUUUUUGCUAGAUUUCAUGGUAAUUCUCAAGUGCUUCAAUGAUACAGCAUUUCUUGCACUAAAAAAAGAAAUCUAGAAAGUUUUAGGACAUGGGGUUAUAUUAAGUUAUUCUUUGUUUUUCUUUUAAUAAAGCCUGCAAGUUACUAAAUCGUAGUUUCAUAAAUUCUGUAAUAAAGUAUCAUCUUGGCACUGUGCCAAAGGUGAAAAUGAUGCUUUCUCUAACAGAGAAAUACUUCUUAGUGACUCCAGUCGUAGAAAAACGUCUUACAACCUGAAUAAGAUUGAAGAAUUGUGAAUAUACCAUGGCCUAUUGGAUGAAUCAUUUGCCAUUAAGCUAAGUCAGACUGUAGGGUUUGUGAUGGAUUUAUGGAGUAUGUGGGGUAUAGAAAUCAUAAAUAUAGCAUUUGUUUUCAGAGAUUCAAGCAUAGUCUUUAGGGUAGAUCAGAAAUGGCAAGUAAUUCAAAACCUAGCAGGUGCAUUGUAAAUAUGUGCCCAAUUAUGUUUUGGAAAUGACAGUUCCUUGGGGUCUUGUUUUUGCUGGCACAAUUUGCAAUAGUGUUCUAUUGUAUUUAAUUCCAAAAUUUAUAAAAUUCAUCCACAUUGGCCACAUAAACUAUACUGCCAAUUAAUAGAAUUCUGGAAUUGUGAGAAAUUGUAUCAUUGAAGUUCAGUAGGAUGUGUGGCCUCAAAAUUUAUCAGGACCACAAAAAAGAAAACAAAUAUUUGGUACUGAGGUUCAUUGCCAGGGCAGGAGGUAUUUCCAGAAAAUACUCAUGCCUGUGUUCUGUUCCUUGCUUUCCCAAAUACUGCAUGUGACUCUCCUGAAGUGGCAGCUGAAGGACUCGAGCCCAUGUUGUCUCCUUUGGUUAUUAUGACAUGAAAGUGUAUCAAGAACUCAGCAUUUCUUUGCAUCCAUGGACUUGGUUUGGAGACAUAAGGAAUAUUCUGACCCUUUUUAAAAAAGGAUUUUCUCAUGUUUUUAUUUAACAUAAAUAAAAGAAUAACAUUUUA